CACUGACCCUUUAUGCCUGUAGACGGAUCAAUCUCCAUACCUGACUUGAUGUACCGCGAGUGGAUCAGGUUGGAACAUCGGGUGAUCAAAUCAUUAGACCUGCGAAAGUGGCCGAAGAUCAGCGAGGAGAGGUCCGGAGGCUUGACGCUUGCGCGCAUUCAACUUCCGAGCGCCGAAAGGCGAGGCGACCGCGUGCUCGCGAAGUCCACAUUCUUGAGAUUCAAAAGUCCAACUGAAAGUGACGCGCGUACGACGACGAGCUGCCUUGCGUUGUCUAGCGAUGGGAAGCUUCUCGCCGCGUCUUGGCGGACGGUCGACAUCAUUAUCUGGCGAACAUCGGACGGCCUGACGCUUCAAAGUCUGGGAGGCCAGGGGCACGCUGAUAGCGUUACCGCCGUUGCGUUCUCCCCGGAUUCCAGACGCCUGGUCUCUGGAUCCACCGACAAGACCGCGAUCAUCUGGAACAUCGGAUCUAGCGAGCCCAUCAUGCGCUUGCGAGGACACACCUACUCCCUCACCGACGUGGCCUUUUCUCCCGACGGUGUACAUAUCGUCACCGGCUCCGCUGACUACGUCGUGAAGUUCUGGAAUGCCAAGACUGGGCUGCCGCUCUGCACGUUCUCGCUCGAUUCGCCAAUCCGCAAACUUGUCUUCUCACCAGAUGGUUCGCGGUUGGCGGCCAUGCUAGAGGACAUGGUCGCCCUCUACGACGCAGGUACACCCAUCGUGCAGCUUGGCGUCAUUCGUCGACACGAUGUCAAGGACGUACGUACCGUGGCAUUCUCUCCUACCGGCGACCGAAUACUUGUCUACGCCGGAGGUCGCGUUGGGCGCAUAUACCGAGUGGACAGCUGCGAGGAGGCUCUGCGACUGGAGGGGCAGAACCGGGAAAUCGCUGCCGGAAGCUUUUCACCGGACGGCUAUAGAGUGGCGUCUGUUUUAGUCGACAAUCUUAAGGGCAUGAUGUCCCUGCAAGACGCUUCGAGAGGGGCCGUACACUUCGAGGGCAGGAUUGGGUCGCGGGGAAACGCGGUGGCGUUUUCUCCAGAUGGUACGUUUGUUGCCGCUGCUGGAGAUAUCAACGUCAUCGUCUGGAACGCGAGGUCGGGGGAGCUGAUCGCAAACAUGACGGAUUUGGCACCGCGGAUCUCUAACAUUUUGUUCCUUCCGGAUAGUCGAAGGGUUCUCUUUGCGAGAGAAGGAGGUCCCAUAGACAUUUGGAACGUCGCGGACACUCUACGAAUACAUUAGCAUGUCAAAUUGAACAAGAUCGAACUUGGAUUUGCACAUGUGUACUUAUUCCAUACUUUGGUUCUGAAGGUUAUGAGAUGCAUCUCUAGAAUCUAGACGAGAAACUACAGCAGACUAAAUUUGAUACGA